AAAUAAGCCACUUAACUGCUACUGAAAGAAGACGCUGUGGUCGCCAUAUUGAGUAUUUUAUUGUCGUGGCAUUUCGAUUUUUGUCUUUAUUUGUUUUAAAAAUUUAGUUAUUUUAGUGUAAUAUAUGAGUAGGUCGUCUCGAAGUGAUAAAUUGAAAGGAGGACACAGCAUGAAAAGGAGAAGUACAAGUCGAGAUUCUCCUCCUAUUAGAAGCAAGCGGUCUCGGUCUAGUAUUGGAAGAUAUGAUGACAGUUCAGAUGAAAGAUUAUCGCCAGAUCGUCUUAGACGCCGAAGUAGGGUAAGAUCUCCUCCUAGUCCCCGUAGGUAUCCGUCUCCUAGUUCACACAGAAGUGAUUACAGGUCUAGAGAAUUGGACCGAUCGUAUCCUAGUUACAAAGUGUUGUGUGUUAGUGCGUUACAUCCUAAAGCAAGUGAUGAAGUUAUUAAAGACACGUUGUAUAGAGAGUAUAAAAAAUUUGGUGAACUGAGUAUUCGUAUUUCUCAUGAUUUGGAUGAAAGAGUAGCUUAUGUGUGCUUUCGAAAUUCAGAAGAUGCCAGAGAUGCUAAGAGAAGUAAGCCAAGAAUCAUUUUGUUUGAUAAAGUUGCCUUGGUAGAACCAGUUUAUGAAAGUAGAAGUUCCUCAGAUCCAUAUAGACCGAGGAGUAGACCAAGAUCUAGAAGCUUGACCCCCGAUCAUGACCGGUAUUAUCGAAGCCCUGAACAUAGGGCUCCUGACAGAAGUGUUGAACGCAUGUAUGGACCUCCUCCUGUUAUGCAAUACAGGGAGUACCGCCAUGAUGUUCUUUCAAUGCAUCACCCAGAUUUUAUUCGAGGCCCUCCCAUGCACCAUGGGAUACCACCACACAUUCCUCCUGUCCCACCACACCACUACGGACCUCCUCGACACAUGAUUCAUGGAUUUCGCCCACCUCCACCUCAUUUUGAGCAUAAAGUAGAAAAUAAAAAGGAUAAAUUUCCUAACUAUUUGCAUCAUGUCCCUCCAGAAGAUGAUCCCCUUGCCACCCGAACUUUGUUUGCUGGGAAUUUAGAAGUAAAUAUAUCUGAUGAGGAACUUAGGCGAAUUUUUGGUCGUUAUGGGGUUGUUGAAGAUAUAGAUAUUAAACGCCCCUUACCUGGUACUGGUAAUGCUUAUGCUUUCGUACGUUAUCAGAAUUUAGAUAUGGCACAUCGGUCAAAGGUCGAGUUGUCAGGACAAUACAUAGGAAAGUUUCAAUGUAAAAUAGGUUAUGGUAAAGCGACUCCUACUACUAGAAUAUGGGUUGGGGGAUUAGGUUCUUGGACUUCUCUUUCUCAGUUAGAAAGAGAAUUUGAUAGAUUUGGAGCAAUAAAAAAAAUUGAUUAUAUUAAAGGUGAUACCCAAGCCUAUAUUUUAUACGAUUCUAUAGAUGCUGCUACUGCAGCAGUUAAAGAGAUGAGAGGAUUUCCAUUAGGAGGUCCAGAGCAUAAAUUGCGUGUUGAUUUCGCUGAUGUUAAUCCUGUACCACCCAUGAAACCUAAGCCAUUGCCUGGAGAGGAAAUUGGUGCUGGAGAUUUUAGAGCCCGGGAUGCUUUUCCCUACCCAGAUCCACAUUAUGAAGCCUGGGGUGAGGGUGAUUAUUAUAGUGGUUCCAGAAGUUUUAGAGGUCGAGGGGGAAAUGGUGCGUGGUCUGAUAGGAGGAGUAGUAGGUAUCGCUAUGGUGAAGAAGAAUGGAGAAGGUCUGAAGAAUAUGACCGAUAUAAAAGAUCUGGAUCUCGGGAUAGAUCACAACCUCGGUCUGAGGGAAGUGAUAGCCAUAAUGGCCUCUUAGGUUCUGUCAGGACUUUGUCUGAACUUUCCAAAAAAUGUAUUACAUCAUGGAAUGGAGCACUCAUUUUGAAGAACUCAUUAUUUCCUGCAAAAUGUCAUCUUACUGAUGGUGAUAGUGAUAUCAUAGACAGUUUGAUGAAGGAUGAAGACAACAAACCUUUACUUAGAAUUACUCAAAGGCUUCGUCUUGAUCAGCCUAAACUUGAAGAUGUAUCAAAAAGAAUUUCAAGUUCCAGUAGUCAUGCAAUAUUUCUUGGUCUCUCUAAUUCCAGUUCUACUAGUGUAUCCAGUAAUGAUGUUUCAGUACAAACAAGACCUCUCAGAAAUCUUGUUUCAUAUCUCAAACAGAAAGAUGCUGCUGGAGUAAUAUCUCUUGUUAAUAAGGACACUGAAGCCACAGGUGUGCUUUAUGCAUUUCCUCCUUGUAAUUUUUCUGCUGAUCUUUUGAAACGUACUGCUCAGAGUUUAACAGCAGAUGCAUUAAAAGAAGAUCAUUUGGUAAUUGUUGUUGUUCGAGGAGGCACAGCAUGAUUAUAAUUACCUAUAAUUUUUAAUUGUAAAUUACUUAUAAAAUUACUAUUGUAUUUUAAUCAAUUAUAUCAGUUGUUUGUAAUGUUACGUGACUUGAAACUGUGAAUAUGAUAUUUAGAUUUCAACUAGUGAACUUUGGUUGAGAACUUAAUUUUGUUUAUUCUUUUAUACAUGAAAGUUUUGUUAUUAGAACUAACUGAUCUUUUAUGUUGACUGCUAUGAAUUAACUUUAGUGUUAGUGAUUGAGGUUUACAUAUAGUACACAUAUGUGUGUAAUUUGUGAUACCAGAAAAAAUAAUAGUUAUGUGUUUUUUUUUUUUUCAGUGAAGUGAUCACUGUGUAAUUAAUUUUAAUAUCUGGAAAGUGAUGUUUUGUUUUUCUUUUCAUUUUAAAAAAUAAUUGAAAUGAUUAAGCCUUAUUCUUGAUUUUGUGACCGGUUUUUAUUGAUAGUGAUGUGAAGUGUAUUUUGUUGUGAAAAAAAUAGAUGGUUUACACUCCAUUGUGUAAUUUUACUAACUCCCAUAUCUGUGUGAAAAGUGGUUUCAGUUGGGUGUAAUAGUACUUAUUACUUUUUUGUGGGAAAGAUUUAAAACUAAAUUAAACAAUAAUAGUCUGUGAAGUAAGUGUAGUGAAUGUCAAAUAUUCUACUUAUAGUUCUUUUGUUUUGGCAUAGUGGAGUUCUUUUAGUGCCGUUUCUUGUGUAAUUUUGUGAAAAUCGUUAACAGUUUUGAGUAAAUGUGAUCCAAGUUUUGAUGAAAUUAUGUCGUGUAUUUUUCCCUUUUAAGAAAUGGAUAUUCAUUUAACAGGGAAAAACUGAAAAAUUAUCUAUUUUUCAGAGAUAAUUGGUACGGUAAGCUCUAGCUUUAUUUAUAUUCAAUGGUACGCCCCAAUAAAUAUUUUUUUAAUAGA